UUGCGCGACACCGUGAAGACUAUCCGCUCAGCACCUUUUCACGUCCUCAACCUCUGCCUUCUGUGAGGCACCUGUCUGUCUCUCGAAUCACGAGGAUUCUGCACAUUCUGUCUUGGAUGUGCUAGGAUUCUGUUUUGUCCUUUGCACGUUUGCUGUGACUGGAGCUGGGUCUUCUCACUCGAACCUGUUCCGUACCACCGUCGAAAUAUUCAUAUUCUCCAUCAUAUACGGAGAACACAGCGCAAUUGAUACAGACCAUGGAUGUACUACCGAAUCCUCUUCCUCCUGACCAGGCGGUCCGCGCAUCGACGAAACGAACCAUCGAGCUUUUUGGUUCCGACUACUUGCUAGCCACGCCAUCUACGGACGGAAAUGGUUCGAUUGGGCUAUCGUAUAGACGAAAGGCAGAAUACGAGGAUGUGAAAGAGCUCCCACCAUCCCUCGCGGAGAAGCAGGCCAAGGCACUGGCCGGUCGGGCGAAGCGUCCCAGAACCCAAGCGCAAGCACAGGCGGCAGCAGGCCCGGGCGGUUCAUCAAUGGCACUUGUGAAGGGCGCUCCUGGUGCCGCAGCAGGUGCUGCUGGCGAGAACCAGGCCAGAAGUCUGAUACAGAGACCAUCUGCUACCCGCCAGCAGAAACCCGACUGGCAUGCUCCUUGGAAGCUGAUGAGGGUGAUAUCUGGACACCUUGGAUGGGUGCGAUGUUUAGCGGUUGAACCCAACAACGAAUGGUUUGCAAGUGGUGCCGGAGAUCGGACAAUCAAAAUUUGGAAUUUGGCGACGGGAAGCUUGCGUCUUACGCUCACUGGUCAUAUAUCUACAGUCAGAGGUCUGGCUGUUUCUCCUCGGCAUCCGUAUCUGUUCUCAUGUGGUGAGGACAAAAUGGUGAAGUGCUGGGAUCUUGAGACGAAUAAGGUCAUCCGUCAUUAUCACGGUCAUCUGAGCGGGGUGUACACCUUGGCUCUUCAUCCUAGGCUCGACGUUCUGGUAACUGGUGGUCGUGACGGUGUUGCCAGAGUCUGGGAUAUGCGGACUCGAAGCAACAUUCACGUCUUGAGCGGCCACAAGGGUACCGUGGCGGAUGUGAAGUGCCAGGAAGCAGAUCCCCAGAUAAUCACUGGAUCCCUCGAUACAACUGUUCGCCUCUGGGAUCUUGCUGCAGGCAAGUCUAUGGGCGUCCUAACUCACCACAAGAAGGGCGUGCGGAGUAUCGUGACACAUCCGAAGGAGUUCACCUUUGCUAGCGCCAGCACAGGAAGCAUCAAACAGUGGAAGUGCCCCGAAGGUGCCUUCAUGCAGAACUUCGAAGGCCACAACGCAGUCAUCAAUACUAUGGCCGUCAACGAAGACAACGUUCUCUUCUCCGGUGGUGAUAACGGCUCUAUGUCGUUCUGGGACUGGAAAACAGGAUAUCGCUUCCAAUCUCUCGAUACUACUGCUCAACCUGGUUCAUUGGAUGCUGAGGCUGGUAUUAUGUCCUCUACCUUUGAUCGCACUGGUCUGCGAUUAAUCGUCGGAGAGGCCGACAAGACCAUCAAGAUCUGGAAGCCAGAUGACGAAGCUACCCCCGAAACCCAUCCACUGGACUGGAAGCCCACUCUGGGCCGACAGAAAUAUUAGUCCGCUUGUCUCUAUUGAUCGCUAUGUUAUUCUACGGGCCGUUACGGUAUGGCAUUGUUUUUUCUUUUAGCUGCGAAAGCCCGGUGUAUUAGAAGGCGUUCUGGUGCUCUAUAUUUGUCGCGAACUGGGAACACGGAAAUGCAUACAUAUCCUUACCUUGGUUCGUACAAGGUGAAAAGACAUAUUUUAUACCAUACUACUACUCUAGUGUCCUGAUCAAUAUAUCUCAAUGCGCUGCUGCAU